CCUCCCCGCGCCCCUUGCGAGUGGCGCUGGCCCCAGAGCGCAGGGGCCAGACGCCCGGCGCGGGAGGAGGAUGGCGCUAGCGGUGCUGCGCUUGGCGCUGCUGCUCCUGGCAGUUACCUUCGCAGGUAGCGCUCGGAGUGGUCCUGGAGAGCGGGGACCUCUGGAGAAAAGCGGGAGAGGGAGUGACGCAGGCGGCGGCCCCUGCCCGGCUCUGGGCGACCUCGGCGACGGUACCCGGGCGGCCGUUACGGGCGGUUCCCCAGAGGACCUGCCAGGGAAAGUGGUCAAAAUAUUAAAAUCCUCCGACGUGGACCCUGCUGAUGGAGCAGUUUACAGAACAGAAGAUGGAGAGACCACCUUCACUGGCAGACUAGAUAAAUUGCGUUUCCCCUUUUUCUCUUUUCCUGUAUUUCUUUACAUAAAAUUUGUUAACACACAUCUUCUGAGAGCAGGUAUGGAAGACAGCCAUGUGUAGUGAUGGAUAAUUUAAAGAAAAAAAGAAUCCUUGUUUCUUGGCUUUUGCUCCUAGAGUUAAGCUUGCUGCCCAGAUAACUUGUGCAUUGCUUUAUUUAGUUGAAAUAAAAUCAGCAUUGAAUUCAG